AUGGAGGUGUUGGUGCUGGUGGUGGUUGUCCUUCAGCUUCCACCAUACCACUUCACGAUUAUACCUCCACCAGCAUCUGAACGAGCCCUCGCCAGUUAUCUCUACUCCACCAUCAAGCUCUUGCUCCGCCUAUGGAGAAACAACGGCUUUGACAACCGCGAUGGCGGAGAAGUUGUAUUCGUGUCUGACAAGACUGGUGGCAGUAGUAGCUAUCCUCCAACCCAUCUCUCCUCUCCGCCACCGUCGCUGACCUACGCGCCGCCUGUAAGAGUUCAAGAGGUUUCGAUGAUUUGCUUCCUGGCUUUGGAAGCGGCGGUUAUCCAUCUAGUAGCAGGUCAAGCUGUGGAAAGGGCAACAAGGGAAGCCCGUGAAAGAGAAACAUAUGAAGCACGUGACAGAGAAGCUGCUGAAGCUCGUUUGAAGUCUGAAAGGCCUGUUGUUCAAAGAGCACAAGUUGAGGCACGUGAGCGGGCAGCUGUUGAUGCAAAUGGAAGGGCAGAACGGGCAGCGGGGGCACGUCAACGAUAUGGGGUCAUUCCUUUGUCUCCAAACAGUGGGUUGAAUGAGUGGUUCCCUAAUUGUGACACCCUCCACAAACUGAUCCGAGAGUACAAUGCUGCAAAAAGAAGAAAUUAA